AUCUAAAUCCAAACACAUUCAUCCAUCUUUUCUCUUCUCAAAUUCUAACCGCAAAUACUCUGAAAUUCCUCUUCAUGGAAAAGAAGGGCAGCCCCAACUGCAACCUCGAGCUCAGCCUCCACUCACCGGCGACUCCCGGCGACGACCACAGCCGGCGGGAGCAGGAACAGCCGCUCACGAUUUUCUACAACGGAAGGUACCGCGUCUACGACGACGUGACGGAGAUGCUGGCCAGAGCCAUUAUAAUGAUGCUGGCCAGUAGCAGUAGUCAAGAGACGGCAUCAAUGGCUGACGACAAAUCGGUGACGAGCCCCGGGGACGAGCAGCCGCAGCGGCGGGCUGCUUCACCGGAAACUCCUCCGGCGGUGGGGUUGUCGAUGAAGAGAUCGUUGCAGAGGUUCCUUCAGAAACGGAAGGGGCGAGCCCAGGCCGCCGCGGUGGCGCCUUACUCACGGGCCGUCCAUAACAAGGAGCUUCAGUUUCAAAUCAACUACGGCUUCCAGAUCCUUGCUCCCUGACUGGAAAACCAUUCCCGUUUUGUACAUCCAACGAGUUCUUGUUUUAGUUCUUUUGUUUUUUGGGUUGAUCAAUCUUAUUUUGGCUAGCAAAUACAAUGAUAUUAUACUGAUUUUUUUUUUCUCAAUUGGCUUUUCUCGCAAGAACUUGGAAAAUACUUAUUAAAUGAUUAGAUUAUAGUUAAUUCUCAUGAUGUCAUGUAUAAGUGUAGGUAUAUAUUUUUAUUAUGGUUCAUGUUGUUGAGGUUUGAAAUAACUAUUUAGUUUGAUAAAUUCUCCAUUAAUAAUAUAGGAAAGUAUUUGAUGUAUUUGAUGUAUUUGACUAAUGAAGUUUAAAAAAUGAC